AUGUCUGUAGGCACAUUCCUUCGGCCGCGGUCCACCAGGCCAAUGCAAGGCAUCCUUCGUCGAAGAAAGGAGCCUCAUUCAUCGGGUUCAGCCCAAAGAACAGCUAAUGAUGAGGAUAUCCCUGAUGAGGAUGCACACUCAUACAUAACUCCUUCAAAACAUACCCCUAAGCCGUUAUGGCUGUUCAACAAAACAGUAGGACCUAGUGGCCCUCUGCGGCCCUUUCGUCUUGUCAAACAGGACCUAGCCAAUCUACGCCAAAGAUAUCUCUCAGAUUGGAAGAUAUUCAACCAACUAAUAAUUGCCAGCACUGUCUAUGUAUUCUUUACAAACUUGCUACCAGGUAUCACAUUUGCUAGUGAUUUAUAUGUACUCACCGGCAAGAAUUGGGGGGCUAUAGAGGUGGUAUUUAGCACGGGGCUAUGCAGUAUCAUCUUCUCUCUAUUCUCUAUUCAACCUCUUACCAUCCUCGGGGUUACUGGACCCUUUUCUGUUUUAGCUGAAAACAUAUAUUCUCUUUGCGAUGUAGCCUUCAAGGUUCCAUUUCUACCAUUCAUGGCUUGGUCACUCAUCCAUGCAGGUUGGCUGCACUACCUCCUGGCUAUAUUCAACGCUCAUGACUGGACUAUGGGCUAUGUCACCACCUUUUCAACGGAGAUUUUUUCGCUUUUAAACAGUAUAAUAUACUUUCAUAAAGCUAUCCAAGAGCUUGAACGUGCCCAUGCAAACCUCUCAUUCGCUGCAUUUCUAUACGCCGUUAUGGGAGCUGUAGGGACAAUGCUACUCGCCAUAUUCUUGUCCACAGCGGAAUCUUGGAAACCAUUGUUCCAUCGAUAUAUACGCCUAGGCCUUUCCGAAUAUGCUGCAGCAAUCUCUAUCAUUCUUUUUAUUGGGUUACCACAUAUCGGAGAACUCGCCCAUUUGGACAAGUCAACGCUCCCUGUGAGCACCACCUUCCAGCCAACGUCUCCGGAUCGUCAGGUAUUCUUUGUCGAGUUCUGGAAGCUGCCUUUACGUUGGAUAUUUGCAGCCAUCGUUCCUGGCAUCAUCAUCACCAUGCUUUUCUUCUUUGACCACGAGAUAAGCUCCAUAAUAUGCACCAUCGAUCGAUAUAAGACGCGGAAGCCUGGUGGGUUUGCCUGGGAUAUCAUUCUCCUAGGAACUACGACAGCACUAUGCGGCAUAUUGGGUAUUCCUCCUGCAAAUGGGCUUCUCCCACAAGCCCCUCUUCAUUCCGAAUCAUUAAUGCACGCAGAUACAGAAGAAGUUAUAGUUGAAGUUGAUGGCCAGGAAACGAUAGAGACUCGACCGACGAGAAGAGUCUAUGAACAGCGAUGGUCUUCCUUGCUCCACGGUUGCGGCAUCCUUACAUUCAUCAGCCCUCCUUUCAUGAGGGUUCUUGGGUUAACCCCUACCAGCGUGCUGGCUGGUUUAUUCUUAUUCAUGGGAGAGCAAAGCUUGUCGGUCAAUCCCAUCCUGUAUCGAACAUUUUACCUCUUGACACCACCAUCAGAGUUACCUAUUCUUCCUGCAGAAUUGAGCUCGUCAUCCUCAUCCACAACGACAACAUCCGAACAUCCCCCAAGGCCGUCAUACAUGCCAAUCCACCUUUACACCCUACUACAGCUAGUAAUCACAAUAGCUAUAUUCAUCCUGACUCUCACACGCGGCGCCCCAGCCUUUCCUGUGUUGAUUAUCCUGCUAGUCCCAUUUAGACUCUUGGUUAUGAAACACUGGUUUAGGAAAGAGGUGCUUAAGUUUGUGGAUGCGUGGGCUUGUAAAGCCGGUACGCCUGAAGAUAGAGACGAUAAGGAGGAUAUUAGGGAAAAGGAAGAAGAACAAGGUAAUAAUGAUACUGGAGUCCUGGGAUCUCGAAGGGAUUCAGUUGAUCGGGUCUAA